GCCUCUUCCGCGCGCCGCCGCAGUCAGUCGCUCGUCUCGCGGACCCCAACGAGCACGGUGGCUCCGACUAAAGCCUGGAGCGGUUUGACAGUUUAGGGGGCCGGCUAUGGAGCGGGCUGGUCAUCUUUAACACCGGACACCGUUUAUCGGGUUUGGUAACACAUAUAUAUAUGUUUUGAUUUGUUGUUUUGUUUAUUUUUUACACACGUAUCGGCCUACAUGUAAAAAAAAAAGAGAGAAGAAAACAAGGAGCACGUGAUCCAAACGGUUUAAAAGCUGCGUUGGCGACGGAUGUCCUGGAGAACGGAUGCGUGAGGACAUGUCCACCAUGGUGUGCGUGAAGGAGGAGGACCUCGGGGAGAAGCUGUCCCAGGAUGAGAUCAUCUCCCGGACCAAGCAGGUGAUCCAGGGCCUGGAGGCCCUGAAGCAGGAGCACCACUCCAUCCUGGAGGGCCUGCUGGGCACGCUGCGCUGCCUGAAGCAGGAUGAGGAGGGCGUCCUGGUGGAGGAGAAGUCCCACAUGAUCCGCAGGUCCAUGGAGAUGCUGGAGCUCGGCCUCAGCGAGGCUCAGGUGAUGAUGGCGCUGUCCAGCCACCUGAGCUCGGUGGAGUCGGAGAAGCAGAAGCUCCGGGCUCAGGUGCGCCGGCUGUGCCAGGAGAACCAGUGGCUGAGGGACGAGCUGGCCGGUACGCAGCAGAAGCUGCAGAAGAGCGAGCAGAGCGUGGCCCAGCUGGAGGAGGAGAAGAAGCACCUGGAGUUCAUGAACCAGCUGAAGAAGUACGACGAGGACUUGUCCCCAUCGGAGGAGAAGGACUCUGAUUCCAGUAAAGAGACUUUAGACGACCUCUUCCCAGAUGACCAGGACGACCAACCCCCAGGCAUCCAGCCGACUCACGGCAGCGCGGCGGCGGCGGCGGCCCAGCAGGGGGGCUACGAGAUCCCGGCCCGCCUGAGGACCCUCCACAACCUGGUGAUCCAGUACGCCUCCCAGGGCCGCUACGAGGUGGCCGUGCCCCUCUGCAAACAGGCCCUGGAGGACCUGGAGAAGACCUCCGGACACGACCACCCCGACGUGGCCACCAUGCUGAACAUCCUCGCCCUGGUUUACAGGGACCAGAACAAAUACAAGGAGGCGGCCAACCUGCUGAACGACGCUCUGGCCAUCAGGGAGAAGACGCUGGGCCGAGACCAUCCAGCUGUCGCCGCCACCCUCAACAACCUGGCCGUCCUGUACGGGAAGAGGGGGAAGUACAAGGAGGCGGAGCCUCUGUGCAAGAGAGCGCUGGAGAUCAGAGAAAAGGUGCUGGGGAAGGACCACCCAGACGUGGCCAAGCAGCUGAACAACCUGGCCCUGCUGUGUCAGAACCAGGGCAAGUACGAGGAGGUGGAGUACUACUACAUGAGGGCGCUGGAGAUCUACCAGACCAAGCUGGGCCCCGACGACCCCAACGUGGCCAAGACCAAGAACAACCUGGCCUCCUGCUACCUGAAGCAGGGAAAGUUCAAGCAGGCGGAGACGCUCUACAAGGAGAUCCUGACCAGAGCUCAUGAGAGGGAGUUCGGCUCUGUUGAUGAUGAGAACAAACCCAUCUGGAUGCACGCUGAGGAGAGAGAGGAGCAGAGCAAGGGGAAGCAGAAGGACGGCUCCUCCUUUGGGGAAUAUGGAGGCUGGUACAAGGCCUGCAAAGUGGACAGCCCCACGGUGACCACCACCCUGAAGAACCUCGGUGCCCUCUACAAGCGGCAGGGCAAGUUCGAGGCGGCCGAGACUCUGGAGGAGGCGGCCAUGCGCUCCAGAAAGCAGGGUCUGGACACCGUGCACAAGCAGCGCGUGGCGGAGGUCCUGAGCGAGCCCGAGGCCCGAGAGAAACAGCGUAGCCGCGAGAGCUUGACCUCCGACACGGUGAAGUACGAGAGCGGGCCGGACGGCGGCGAGGAAGUGAGUAUGAGCGUGGAGUGGAACGGGGACGGCUCCGGCUCCUUGAAGAGAAGCGGUUCCUUCAGUAAACUCAGAGCUUCGAUCCGCCGCAGCAGCGAGAAGCUCGUCCGUAAGCUGACGGGCGGCUCGUCCCGGGACAGCGAGCCCAAGAACCCCGGCAUGAAGCGAGCCAGCUCUCUGGGGGUCCUUAACGUGGCGGACCAGACCGCCAGCGACCUCCACCAAGAACGAAAUAAUCGUCUGAGAAAGAGUCGCGACCUGAGUGCCAGUCACAGCGACCUGGCGCGUUGAAGGUGGAGCCAUGAUCCUGGAGGACGUUGGGGGGCGGAGCCUAAGAGGUCACUUCCUGUCCAGACCCCGCCCCCUUCCUGGUGACCGGCCCCUUAAAUCAGCAUCACACAACCGAGUGCUCACUGUGCCGGUUUCUGUGUCGCUGGAAGGUUUAAGACACACCAGAGAGCUGCUGUGUGUGUGUGUGUGUGUGUGUGCGUGUGACGCUGUGUGUGUGUGUGUGUGUG